GAUUAGCAGACAGUGUGUUGUAACCAGAACCUGCUCUGUCACUGGACCCACUGCAAGCCUUGGCAUCUCCACAGGCACCAGAGGAGAUAACCCAGUGAUAUUAUCCAUCUGGAAGGUGUGAUGUAACCUCAUCAAGACACUUACAGCGAUAUACCUUAGAGCUGGGCUCUAGAGGGCACUAUGGCAGUCCCCGCGAUGUGCGAGUCUUCGCUGCUUUGCUCCGAGCCCUCCAGUCCCACCCCGUACUAUGGAGAAUCUUCAGACACUUAUUACCAGGUAGAUCGGUGGCAGAAGUUACGCACGGCAGUCAGGAAGCUGGAAUUCUGGGAGAGUUUCAGUGCGGAGUUAAUUGGUAGUGGGUUCUUUUCCAAGGUGUACAAGGUUGACCCCGGGGCAGGAUCGAAGCCCAUGGUGGUGAAGAUUUAUAAAAAUGAAGUGGAUGAGGAAGUGGUUGUCCGAGAGAUAAGUCUUUUGCAGAAGUUAUCUCAUCCAAACAUUGUAAGGUACCUUGGAAUAUGUGUGAAAGAUGAAAAGCUGUAUCCAAUAUUGGAGUAUGUGAAUGGUGGGUGUGUAGAAGAAUUACUAGCAUGUAAAGAAGUUGCCCUUAGCUGGAAAGAGAAGGUGGACUUGUCCUGUGACAUUAGCCGGGGCAUGGUCUAUUUACACUCUAAAAAUAUCUACCAUCGCGACCUCAACUCCAAGAACUGUCUAAUCCGGGUGACACAUCGAGGCAGGGAAGCUUUGGUAACAGAUUUCGGCCUUGCCCGGGAAGUGGUGGAGCCAGCCCUGAAGAAUGGUGAAAGGAAACUUUCUCUGGUGGGAUCUGCUUUCUGGAUGGCUCCCGAAAUGUUGCGUGGAGAACCCUAUGAUCGAAAGGUUGACGUUUUCUCUUUUGGGAUCGUAUUAUGUGAAAUCCUUGGCCGAAUUCCCGCUGAUCCGGAGAUUCUGCCACGAACUCGGGAUUACGGUCUAGAUGUGGUUGCUUUCCAAGAGCUGAUUAAGGAUUGUCCUAAAAGAGUCCUGGAUUUAGCCGUCAGCUGUUGUCGGCUUGAGGCCUUUAAGAGACCGUCAUUCAGUGAAGUCCUUGAUGAGCUUGAAGACAUUGCAGAGGCUUUAGAAUCACAGACAAUACUUCAAGAUUCUGGCUGAGGUUUAAUCGCUGGACUCUCUCUCACUUGUAAAUAAAUGUACAAACCCCUCCAGGUUAAAGGACAG